CGUUCCUUAGCCUUCAGAACUAAUUCGACAUCUUGACAACAUGACAACAUGAGCAAAUGCAUUUCUAUAUCCGAGGAUUGGGUGAGGGAGAAGGUCAAAAUCUCCAGUGAAAAUUUAGAGGAUAUAAAAACACUGAUUUUACAGGGAAAUUAUGAGGAGAAAAUUAACUCCCUUGGUUCUGCGUUACUGCACUUCUCAAGACUCAAAAUUUUGGACUUAUCACGAAACGUCUUAAAAUCAAUCAGAGGGAUCGAGCACAUUAAGACUUUAGAAGUAUUAAACCUAUAUUACAAUUGCAUCGAAGAAAUAAAUGAACUUCGUGUUUUGGCUUUCAAUCAAAACAUAAGAGACCUUGAUCUUCGACUGAAUCCAGUAUCACGGUUGAACUCAGAUUACAGGUUAUACCUUACAUAUAUUCUUCCGAAACUAAAAACACUGGAUUGCCGCAUGUUAAGAGAUGCAGAACGAAAAGCGGCUAUUUCUUUCUUUGGAGCUGAUGCUACAGUAGAUUUAUGUCCUUUAACUAUGCUAAGAAAGCUUGAUGAUAUGAAAUCUUGUAAAGUGAACAGAACCAGGCAUGAUCAUGGUCCACACUUUGUUGAGAAGUCAGAUCACUUACUGAAAUAUUAUCAAGACCAUCAUAAUACUGCUUCUUCUUCUACUACUACCAUUAAUAAUAGUAAUAACAAUGGUUCUCCGACAAAUCUUGAGGUUUGGUCUAAUGAUGGACACCUUCACAUGAAUAAUUCAUCACUGUUCGAAGCAGAGACAUACAAUACAACUAGGAUACACGAUCCAUGGACUAGCAAUAUUUUACGCUUAAAUUCAAAGUCUAAAUUGGCACAACCACCUCCAUCACUUGAUCCAUCUAGAGGUGUUAAACACGCCGAGUUUUACAAUUGUAAAG